GUGCGCGCGAGCGGAGAGGAAAAGGGGGGCAGAGCGAGCGCGCGACAGGGAGGAAGAGGAAAAAACUCCCAGCAGGCCGAAACGGGGUCACGAACUAUGACCUUUCACAGGAGAAAAACAAUAACAAAUCAUUUGUUUUAAUCGUAACGACUGUAAAACUACGUUCACUAACUUCGCAGGUCCAGCUUGUUAUAACAGAUGCAGCAGUGGCCUUGCUCCAGUAAGACACUGCUAAUGACCUUUAAUCAGCAUGACAACCAACCUGGAGAUGCUGGCUCAGCAGAUAGUGACCACUGAGCAGGUAGCCGAGACGCAGGCAUCUCCUACAGACAGUCCGGUGAUGAGUGCUUCUCCACAGCGCAUUCAGAUCAUCUCCACUGACUCCUCCGUCACCGCGCCACAGAGGAUACAGAUUGUGACGGAUCAGCAGACGGGACAGAAGAUCCAGAUUGUGACGGCUGUGGAUCCGGUCAGCGUGCCCAAGCAGCAGUUUAUCCUGGCUGCUCAUGAUGGAACACCAACAGGCAAAGUCAUCCUGGCGUCCCCCAACAACCCCAGCACUAAACAGCUCAUCUUCACCACAGCAGACAGCCUGGUACCUGGUCGAAUACAGUUUGUCACAGAUGCAGUCUCGGUAGAGAGGAUUCUGGGUAAAGGUGGGGAGGUGGGCCGACCGCAGCCUGUCGAGUACUGCGUUGUGUGUGGAGACAAAGCCUCGGGGAGGCACUAUGGAGCUGUUAGCUGUGAGGGCUGCAAGGGCUUCUUCAAGCGAAGUGUCAGGAAGAGUCUGACCUACAGUUGCCGCAGCAACCAAGACUGUGUAGUCAACAAGCACCACCGCAACCGCUGCCAGUUCUGCCGCCUCAGGAAGUGCCUUGAGAUGGGCAUGAAGAUGGAGUCUGUGCAGAGUGAGAGAAAGCCAUUAGACCUGCCCAGAGAAAAACCUGUUAACUGUGCUGCCUCAACUGAGAAGAUCUACAUCCGAAAAGAUUUGCGAAGUCCCCUAAUAGCAACGCCAACUUUCAUCACAGACAAAGAUGGCACACGCUCUGGUUUAUUGGACCCCGGGAUGCUGGUGAACAUCCAACAGCCUGUUAUCCAAGCCGAUGGCACGUUACUCUUAGCAACAGACACCAAGACAGAGACCAGUCAUGGGGAUUUAGGCACACUGGCCAAUGUGGUGACAUCAUUAGCCAGUCUUAGCGAAUCACUCAAUAACGGGGACGGGGACAUUUCAGCCAGCCAGCAGGAGGAGUCUGUCAGUGAAAUCACACGUGCCUUUGACACUCUGGCCAAAGCAUUAAACCCUAAUGAGGAGGGGGAGGGGCAGAGCCUGUCAGAGGCGGAGUGUGUGGGUGGAGCAACUAUACAGGUCAUCAGCAGAGAUCAGGUCACGCCUCUUAUAGAAGUGGAAGGCCCUCUGCUCACGGACACACACGUCAACUUUAAGCUGACAAUGCCCAGUCCGAUGCCUGAGUAUCUGAAUGUCCAUUAUAUUUGCGAGUCUGCGUCCCGUCUGCUGUUUCUCUCCAUGCACUGGGCACGCUCCAUCCCAGCCUUCCUAGCUCUUGGGCAGGAGUGUAACACAUCUCUGGUACGGGCAUGCUGGAAUGAGUUGUUCACUCUCGGUCUGGCGCAGUGUGCUCAGGUCAUGAGCCUCUCCACCAUCCUGGCUGCCAUCGUCAACCAUCUGCAGAGCAGCAUACAUGAGGACAAGCUGUCUGGGGAACGAGUGAAGUUGGUGAUGGAGCACAUCUGGAAGCUGCAGGAGUUCUGUAACAGCAUGGCCAAGCUGGAGACGGACGGCUAUGAGUAUGCCUACCUGAAAGCCAUCGUCCUCUUCAGUCCAGACCACCCAGGCCUGAACAGCAGCAGCCAGAUCGAGAAGUUUCAGGAGAAAGCGCAGAUGGAGCUGCAGGAUUAUGUACAGAAGACUUAUCCAGAUGACACUUACAGACUGGCGCGAACCCUGAUGCGUCUGCCAGCACUGCGUCUGAUGAGCUCCAGCAUAACAGAAGAACUUUUCUUCACCGGGCUGAUUGGAAACGUGCCCAUUGACAGCAUCAUCCCGUACAUCCUCAAAAUGGAGACCGCCGACUACAAUAGCCAAAUCAGUGGUCCUACUGCAUGACUCCAGAGUGGCCUGUUUUGAGCUACAGGUGCAGACUGAAAUCCUACAAUCUCCCGUCAUCACUUGCCUUCAUUGCAAAGCAAUGCAAAAGUUAGGACCAUCGUUUUCUUUUUCUUUUUCUUUAUCCCCCCUUGCGUCGAGCAUUUCAUUUUCCUAACAAAGAGCCGUAACAGUGAUACCGUCUGACUGAAUGUUACUUAAUAUGGUUUGCAUUUUAGUUCUCUAAGAGUCAUGCACCAUGGGACUUUGAGUUUUAAAACUCAAUAUUGUUUUCAUUUUCUGAAAAUGAAAAAAAAAUUAUUAUUCAACGAGUUAUUUUUAAGCACUUGUUUUCCAGUCAGAAACGUGCUGGCUAAGGGGAAAACUUAUCAUACACACGCUUUUUGUAUUAUUUAAGAUCAGUGUAUUAAGGAUUUGACUCCUCCUCAUGCAACUGUAUUAGAAGUGUAAUGUUAAUGAGUCUGUGUUCACCUAUGAUCCUGAAAAUAACCUCAUCUUGAAUUCUUAUGCAAGAGUUGCAUGGGUCUCUCUGUGACCCUGGGUCCUAAUCUAGGACCUUUUUUCUGCCUUCCGUAGUGUAUUGAAUAUUCCUACAUUUAUUUAUAU